CGAAGUAACGUUAAGGCCAGUCAGUGACUCUGUGUGAGGGCGAGAGCAAGAGAUACAGAGAGUUCGAGGGAUUGUCCAAAACGUGAUCGGGUCUUCUUCCAGGAUGCAGACGCUCGCAACUCCACCACAGAUUCCACUGUAGUUUGCGUGCUUUAGGGUUUUUGAUUGUUGCAAGACGACGUAAUUUGUCCACUUUGGAGCAGCAGAAGACGAAUCGAUUGCAGGUCGGCGAUGGGGGAGUCGUUGGUGUUCGCGUAUUACGUCACUGGCCAUGGCUUAGGCCAUUCAACGCGUGUCGUGGAGGUGGCACGACACCUUUGUCUAGCAGGGCAUGAGGUCCACAUUGUGACGGCCGCACCGGAGUUCGUCUUCAAACGAGAUAUCACGUCUCCCAAGCUUCACAUUCGAAAGGUGUUGCUGGAUUGCGGGGCUGUGCAGUCGGAUGCGUUGACAGUGGAUUGCCAAGGCUCAUUAGAACAGUAUUCUCGAACCGCGGUGUUGAAUCGUGAUGCUUUAUUGGCUACUGAGGUGGAGUGGCUAAAAUCAGUUCAGGUCAAUCUUGUGGCGACGGACAUUGUUCCAAUUGCAUGUAAAGCAGCUGCAGAAGCGGGCAUUCCAUCUGUCUGUGUUUCCAACUUCAGCUGGGACUUUAUCUACUCAGAGUAUGUUACUGUAGCUGGAAAACAUCAUCAAUCUGUUGUUUGGCAGAUUGCUGAGGAUUACUCACAUUCUCUCUUUUUGAUUCGUCUGCCUGGGUACUGUCCGAUGCCGGCAUUUCGAGAUGUGAUUGAUGUGCCCCUAGUUGUGCGAAGUGUGCGUCGAAGUCGAGAACAGGUUCGUAAGGAUUUCGGAGUCAGCGAAGAUGUGAAGGUGCUUCUGUUCAACUUCGGUGGUCAGGAUGCAAGGUGGUCCCUCAAAGACCAGUAUCUGCCUCCAGGCUGGCUAUGUUAGGUCUGUGGUGCACCGGCAGAGCAAGAGCUGGGCUCCAACUUCACGCGCUUGGAUCGUGAUAUUUAUGUCCCCGAUCUUAUUGGAGCUAGUGACUGUAUGUUAGGCAAGAUUGGUUAUGGAACAGUCAGUGAGACGCUGGCUUGUAAGGUACCUCUUGUAUUCGUACGACGAGAUCAUUUCAAUGAGGAGCCAUUCUUAAGAAAGAUGCUUGAGUUCUAUCGCGGAGGUGUGGAGAUGAAUAGACGCGAUUUUCUGAGUGGACGUUGGGUGGCAUAUCUUGAGCGUGCACUGAUCAUCAAGCCUUGCUUCAACGGUUCUAUUAAUGGAGGAAAGGUUGCUGCAACACUUCUGGAAGAUGCCGCACGAGGGAAAGCGGAUACCAUCAAACCGCAAAGUGGAGCUCGGCGCUUGAGGGAUGCGAUUGUCUUUGGAUUUCAGCUCCAGCGGCAUCCUGGGCGAGAAGUUGAUAUACCAGAUUGGUAUGGACCAAAUGAGACUAGAUUGGGCCUUUUGCCGGCCAAAAAAUCCGUUGACACCGUGACCCUUGGUAUUCAGGGUGCUCCUCCUCCUCCUGAGUUACGAGUGGAUGACUUUGAAGUACUUGAGGGAGAUGUACAUGGGCUUCCAGAUACGUUGCAAUUUCUUCGCACUUUGGCUCACCUAGAUGAGGAAGGUGAUGUGCGAGCUAGUGAUCUUGCUGACAUGCCUCAACUACGGGAACGUUUGGCAGCAGGAGGCCUAUUUCGUUGGGAGGAAGACUUAUUUGUUGCUAGAGCUCCUGGACGCCUGGACGUCAUGGGAGGAAUUGCAGAUUACUCUGGUAGCUUGGUUCUGCAGAUGCCUAUAAAAGAAGCAUGUCAUGUAGCUGUUCAGAGAAGCCCUCCCACUCAACAGAGAUUGUGGAAGCAUAUUAAGACACGAGUAUCGGCCCAAGGUGCAGCUGCAAAGCCUGUACUUUGUAUUGUGUCAUUUGGAUCUGACACGGUCAAUCGGGCACCUACUUUUGACAUGGAUUUGUCUGACUUUAUGGACUCGAAUGGUGGCCCUAUAUCCUACGAAGCUGCACGUCAGUAUUUCGAGCAAGAUCUUUCGCAAAAGUGGGCUGCGUAUGUGGCAGGAACUAUUUUGGUUCUGAUGCGUGAGCUUGGCAUAAGCUUCCACGAUAGCAUUAGCAUACUUGUAUCAUCAGAUGUGCCUGAAGGUAAGGGAUUAUCUUCAUCAGCCGCUCUCGAAGUAGCUACUAUGAGUGCGAUUGCUGCUGCUUAUGGAUUGAAGAUUAAUUCAAGAGAUCUUGCUUUUCUUUGCCAAAAGGUUGAAAAUCAUGUGGUUGGAGCUCCGUGUGGAGUGAUGGAUCAAAUGGCAUCAGCUUGUGGAGAAGCAAACAAACUAUUGGCAAUGGUUUGCCAGCCAGCAGAAGUUAAGGGGCAUGUAAAUAUCCCAUUGCAUAUUCAGAUUUGGGGUAUUGAUUCAGGCAUUCGACACAGUGUUGGUGGCGCAGAUUAUGGGUCAGUGCGAGUAGGAGCAUUUAUGGGUCGCCGGAUCAUUCAAAGAACCGCCUCUAAGCAAUGCGAAGGCUUAAAAGCUUUGAGCACAGCAGCUGAGGAGUUCGAGGAUCCUGAAUUCGCUAUGUCAGAGCGAGAUUCGAAGGAGCAAUAUUUAUGCAAUAUUCCUCCCCACAGGCUUGAAGGGGAAUAUGCAAAUGUGCUCCCUGUGCAAAUAAGAGGAGACAUCUUUGUAGACACCUAUGGAAGUCACAACGAUCCCGUCACUAAAAUUGAUCCUAGUCAGAUGUAUGCUGUGAAGGCACCAACAGCUCAUCCGAUUUAUGAGGAUUUCAGAGUGAAGUCUUUUGCUGUGGCACUGACGGCCGCAGACAGCGAUGCCCAGCUGGAAUAUUUAGGAGAGCUGAUGUUUCAGUCUCAUUACAGCUAUUCGAAGUGUGGCUUGGGUUCUCACGGCACCGAUCGUCUCGUAGCACUUGUAAAGCAUACGAAGCAGAAAGCUCAGUUUGAUGGUGCCUCACUCUUUGGAGCAAAAAUCACAGGCGGUGGUUGCGGAGGAACCGUGUGUGUGCUGGGCCGUGCAGGCGUUAGAAGUAGCGACCAAAUUAUGAAGAUUCAAGAGAGCUACAAAGCUGCAACAGGUCAUCACCCAUAUAUUUUCGAAGGAUCAUCCAUGGGGGCAGGACAAUUUGGGUUCCUUCGCGUUCAUCGAAGGAAUAAGUGCUGACCACUUUUAGAAUGUUCAAGGAGUCUAUUCAAGCAUCGUUUGUCAAACUCAAGGAGCAGACAAUGAAUUUCCUUUUUCUGUUCACAAGUCGAGGAUUUCACAUUAUGAUAAACGUGUCGCUCAGAAUGACGAUGCACUUAUAUAAUUGACCUUGAUUUAUAUUUUCACAAAUAUAUCUUUGGAUAAAAACCAUGUCCGGAAUUAUGUGUGAAAUGAUUUGAAUCCCACAUGUUCUCUGUUA